UAGUUCUGUAGCAGAUUUUUGCGAACGUUUUCUAGGAGCGGAAGUUACUGAGAGAAUGACAACAGGUAAAAAUCUCGUCCUUUUUGCAAUAAUGAUUUUGGGCUUGAUAUUUAUCUUGCGUCGUUUUUGUUUUCGGUUGAAUAACAAGUACGACUUUCGAAUUUUCUUUAUUAUCAUUCUAUUUUUCAUCUCUUUCUUUUGCUAUUUUAUACGAAUCUACUUAGUUUCUCGCUUAGGUAGUUGUUGUAGUCAUGCUGGUCUUUCUGGUUUGCUAAUUCUGUGUGCUUCGGGUGGGGAAAUCCUUCCCUAUUCCGGCCCAUCAAGCUCGUCUUCGUGGACGGAGGAUUCCUUCGAGAUGCGGGUCUUAUUAGAACCAUUUUCCGAAACGGAAAUGGAGGGCACAUCGGUGAAUCCACCAAGUGUGGCGCGGGAUGAAGCAGGACCUUCCCACCAACCCUCUAUUGUAAAAAAUUCGAGUCUAAAGUCUUCAAUAAAGAAUCGAAUUUUACGGCUCGAAAGGGACCAGACCCCCUUUCUACUGGAUAAAGAAAAGGGGGAAUAUUGGAACAAUAUUCAAACCGCCCUGGAUCAAGCUCCCUCUCAAAAAGAGUAUAACCGAUUACUCGAGUUCGAGAAUAGAGAUCUCCAAAUCCGGGAGCUGAAACAUGAAUGUUGUUCUCUUUUUCAACAAGUCCUUUCGGAGAAUCCAGCAUUGGCCGAAAAGGCCGCCUACAAUCCUCAAGAAGCCCUUAUCGACUUCUUUGACGAGAGGCGGGCCGAACUGGAGACCAACCUAGAAGUGGAAGGUGGCCGAACAAGACAAGAGGGAACUCCCAUUUUUGGAAGAAGUUUGUCGGGAUAUCAGAGAAGGCGGCCCCAACUCUAUCUAUAUGAAAAUAAUCUUGGGAUACGCUGAUAACGAGUAACGUUUUUUUUGGCAUUUUUCUUUCUAUAUAGGGGGGAG